GGAACCACACAAGGACGGGAUCAAAUCUAGUCGAAGGCUGACGAGCCAAAAGUCGCAAACCUCAGUUGCAAGUCACCGACGCACUAUAAACCCUCCCGACGCCAUGGAGUCUUACGCUCUCCAGAACUUUCCCCCGGCACACUCCACCAUCCACGUCGCCCUAUUCCACAAUGUCACGAACGCCCCGCAGAUAAGACAGCGCCUGAUAAAAGCUUCGCAAUAUCCCCCAGGAGAAGAAGGGGAUAAAGCUAGAGCAGAUGUUGAUUUUGGCUUUGUUGAGGGCGACCUGCUGGUGUCCAAGGAACACUUGCUUUCUGCUCUCCUUGCCACACUACUCUAUGCCUAUCCUUCUACUUCUCCAGCCCCUACCGACCCACCUUCGCUCUCCCCCCCCGACAUAUCCUCUCUCGCAUUGAAUAGCGAACAAGAUCGGGUACCAAAGACCCGUUCGCAUAAUCUUCACUCUGAAAUCCUUCUUUUGCUUUCUCCCAACAACAAUAUAUCAGAUUCCAUCAGACGGCACGGGUUAUCGGAAAAGACUACGAGGCUGGCUGUGGUCAAGUUUGGAAAGAGGGGACAAUCGUCGGAAGAAGUAUGGAAGGCGAUGGAGGACGUUGUGGAUGGGGAGUUGGUGGGGCUGGAGCGAGUCGGCGAAGGUGUAGAUUGGGGCAAGGUCGACAAGGUCUACAAGCUGUCCGAGCUGAACGCUCUCAAAACACCCGAUGUGAUAGAGAAGAAGAAGGCAGCGGUGGUGAGCACCGUUGCCGUCAAAAAUGUAAUCUAGGGCAUCACAUAUCAUUUCUGUAUGUACUCGCAUAAGCAUGAUCAUCCGAGAUAACGGCGGGUGGCUUGUUAUAUAGCCCACACCAUGGGCACGAUGCUGAUGAUCCAGUUCACGGAUCCUGUAACAGGGU